GUCCUUCACGUAAGCCCCUCCCCUAUCAACUUGUGUUUUUUCCUCCCCUUCAGUUCUCCGCUGUCUCCGACGCCAUAUUGACGAGAAACACCCUUUCUCUAAAACGCCUGAAACACUCUCUCCGCCAGAAUGUUGUACCUUGAGGACUACCUCGAGAUGAUCGAGCAGCUACCCAUGGAUCUCCGCGACAGGUUUACGGAAAUGAGAGAGAUGGACCUGCAAGUGCAGAAUGCGAUGGAUCAGCUAGAGCAGCGGGUUAAUGAGUUCUUUACUAACGCCAAGAAGAACAAGCCUGAAUGGAGGGAAGAACAGAUGGAAAUCAUUAAAAAGGACUACUAUAAGGCUUUGGAAGAUGCAGAUGAAAAGGUCCAAUUAGCCAAUCAAAUUUAUGAUUUGGUUGAUAGACACUUGCGGAAGUUGGAUCAGGAGUUGGCGAAGUUCAAAAUGGAGUUGGAGGCGGAUAACGCUGGUAUCACAGAGAUCCUGGAGAGACGGUCGCUGGAGAUGGACAGUCCCUCCCAACCUGUCAAUAACCACCAUGUACAUUCACACACCACUGUGGAGAAGAGGAAGUACAGUGCGCCAGCCCAUCACACUACUGAACACGUACCAGAAAAGAAGUUUAAGUCAGAGGCCCUGCUCUCCACACUCACGUCAGACGCUUCUAAAGAAAACACACCAGGCUGCAGAGUGAACAGCACGUCCACCUCUAACAGCGUGUAUAACGUAAACUCCUCCCAAUCGCUUUCCUCAUACAACCUGAGCCCACUUCCUGCCGGGCCGGCUGCAGGGGCGGGGGCUAUCUCCAUGGCAGCAGCACAGGCAGUGCAAGCCACCGCACAGAUGAAAGAGGGCAGGAGAACGUCCAGUCUCAAGGCCAGUUAUGAAGCUGUCAAGAACAACGAUUUCUUGGGACGGGAGUUUGCUCUGAGCCGGGACUCCAGCGCUUACUCUUCUUCUGCGCUGGCUAACACGCUCACACAGCCCCUCACGUCCAGCAACAGCUCAGACUCCCGCACAGGGCGCAAGACCAAAGGGAACACUAAGUCUUCCAACCACCAGUCCUCUUCAUCCUCCUCUUCCUCUUCACUGUCAUCCUGCUCGUCGUCGUCAGCAUUAGCUCAUGAGCUGGUGCAGACCACAGUCACAGAAACUGACACCAGCAGUCAGGUGGACUGGACCUACGACCCCAACGAACCCAGAUACUGCAUCUGCAACCAGGUGUCAUACGGAGAGAUGGUCGGCUGUGAUAACCAAGAUUGUCCGAUCGAGUGGUUCCACUACGGCUGUGUGGGUUUGACCGAGGCACCCAAAGGGAAGUGGUAUUGCCCACAGUGUACAGCAGCCAUGAAGAGGAGGGGAAGCCGGCACAAAUAAAUGCCAAAUCACCUGGGCCAACCUCUCUGAAAUGACGGUCCCCCUCGACUGAGUGUACAUGUUACAUCACCAUGUGAUCGGGGUGUGUAGAUGUGAGAGAGAGAGAUCUUUGCCUGAAAGAGU